GGGGCUGCUGUGACCUCUUCUGCUUCACUUUCAGUUUCCAUUUCUCAAGUGGACUUUGUGGAGGAGUUUCUCGGAAGUUCUGCAGCUGUUUCCGUUCGGCAGUGACACCGUCACAAAUCUUCUGAACUUACAACGCUUAAGACACGUUUAAGAUUGCAACCGGACCAGAGAUGAAUCCAACAGUUGAAAAGAUGCUGGUGUGUGGGGUUUGCUGUGCACAGAUGGUUGGCCCCAAACUGCUGCAGUGUCUGCACACGUUUUGUAAAGAAUGUCUUCAAUUAAAAUGGGCGACUGCAAACACCCAAACCUGCCCUGUCUGCAGCACACCAGCAGGCAUGACUGCCUCUGAGCUGCAGGACAAUGUGCUAGUUGCAAGAUUUCUGAGCAAGGCUAACCUGCGGAAUAGGAUUACGACGGAGGUGGACGUGCAAUGUGAUCUGUGCCAGGCCUGCGGUGAAGGGAAACCAGCUUCUUCCUUGUGCUUUGAGUGUGAGAAGUUUUUGUGUAUGAGGUGCUUCAGCAUCCAUGAGAUAGUGACGAAGAGGCAUAGACAUAUGUUGGAGACCCUGGAAGCGUUGAGUUCACUAAACGCAGAAGACCUUUCCAAGAAAAGAGAAUCCACCCAUUUGUCUUACACAUGAAGAGCAGUGCAUCAGGUUUUACUGUGUAACCUGCUCAGUGAACAUCUGCCACAGUUGUUUGCUGCUCCACCACAAACCCCCACUCCACUGUCUCCACAGUGUUGAACAGGAAGCUGCUCUGAAGAAGAAAAAGAUGAAAGGUAUGAUGGUCACUGCCCAGAAACAAGGCGACAAAUUCAAUGAAAUCUGUAGUGAAUUGAAAUCUCUGAGGGGGAAACUGGAUUGCAGGAAGAACAACAUUGAGGAACUCAUUAAAAGCAGAAGUGCCAAAGCUAUCGAAGAGAUCAAUGAGGAAGGCAACAGACUCCUGAGUGAGCUGGAAGUCCUGCACGAGGCAGAGCAAGGGCACUUGCUGGAGAGUCUGAACAACGUGUCAAAGCUACUGCAAAGAAUGAGCGCAGGACAAGGGCUGGUGGAGAACAUGCUGUGUUAUGGCACGGACCAGGAAGUGAUGGAGAUGCAUGGAGAGGCUAUAUCAGCACUGUCCGUGCUGCGGGAAGCCAAGGAAGCCCAUGUGUCCACAGGAAACUUGGUAAUGGGAUUUCAGGAAUGUCCAUUCGAACCUCAAAAUGUAUUUGGGAUCGUCCUCAAAAAUGAGCAGCCUGAGGGAGUCGGAGAUCUCAAGUUUCCACACGUUGAGAAGAAAGACGGCUGGCGUCCUGAUAAUGCCAGGGACAAAAGGAAAUGGUCAGUAGAAGAUGAGAAAACAUCGAAUGUGAAACGAUUAUGUUGGUUAUCUGAGCACAAUUACAGCACGAGAGGAACAGCAGGUGCAACAUGCCAGACUGGCUGUUACCUUGACCUUCCCUCAGGAACAGAUGCAGUGUUCAGUGAGAUGAACGAUUCAUCCAAUGAUUUUAAUGAUAGCAACUUGGAAGACUCCACACUAUUUUCAGGUCAGUUGUCUUUAGUACAGGUUUGAUAGAAUCAUAGAAUAUCACAGCACAGAAGGAGGCCAUUCG